AUGACUUUAAAAAAGAAUGGUUACAGUUCAAGACAAAGAGCAUGGAAGCCGAAACCGAAUGCAACACAAAACACACCUUUCCAAUUGGAAAAGCGAGCUUUUCUUCCCUACAUUAAGGAGAUUUCGGGUGGAAUUGCAAGAAUUUUAGGCAAAUUUGGUAUAAAAACCAUAUCUAAACCACCAGCCAAAGUUCGACAGUUCUUAAGAACACCAAAGGACACAAUUCCCCUCCAAAAUCCAGGAGUUUAUUUGGUUCCUUGCAGCUGUGGUUUAUCAUACGUCGGAGAAACAAAAAGAGCGAUCAAAACAAGAUUAAAUGAACACGUAAAAGCUAUUCAAAACAAUGCAGUCACAAAAUCUGCAAUAUGUGAACACAUUGCUUAUAACGAUGAACAUUUUAUUAGGUUUGAUAAAGCCAAAUCGAUUGCCACAGAAAGGUUUUAUGUACCCAGGAUAGUAAGAGAAGCUAUAGAAAUAAAAAAGCACAAGAAUUUCAACCGCGAUUCUAGCUUCAAACUAUCGACAACAUGGGACCCACUGAUAAGCAAGCUUAAACCAACAAAAAUGAACAUAGAAGUAGCUGACGUCGUGAGCGUUGUGUGUACACAAGACCACACAAGUUCUAUUCAAGAAGAACCAAACCCGUCAUCACCCACUGCAAUAGAAAAUGCACCAACAACUACGCACAGGUACAACUUGCGUGCGCGAUCGAGAACAAACAACAACAUUUAA